AUGCCAAAAUAUUUAUGCGACUAUUGUCAGGUCUGGUUGACACACGACAGUCAAUCUGUAAGAAAAGCUCAUAAUGCAGGCCGCGCCCAUCUACAAAACGUUCAAGAUUAUUAUACAAGAGUUGCUCAAGAAGAAGCCCAGAAAAGAUUAGAAGAAGAUCCUUCACUGGGCAGUUUUAAUAAGGAGUCAAGCUCAUUGCAGCUGCCAUUGGCAUACGCUUUUCCCCCUAAACUGUAUCAAUAUCAGUUUACUUAUCCUCCACCGCCGAAUAUCGUGCCUGCUAACGUGUACAUGGCACCGAGAAGUUCAGUCCCGGCCACUGCUCCUAUGCCGUAUAUUUCUACUGCUACUACAUUCAACUCAACUUAUCCUAAUACUGCAGGAGUUGCAGCUACAUUGCCUGUUGCGAAUGCAUCACCCGACGCUGGUGUUGCCCAGUCGUAUACGAAUAGCGCCCAACGCUCCCGGACACAGAACAUUCCACAUAUGACUGGAAAGCAACACCCCUACCAACAAAAAAAACAACCUUACGCACGCUCAUCAAGAACUUAA